GUCCUUAGUGUAUCUUUGGAUAACAUAAGCAUAACCAUGUUACAGUUAAUUUAUUUGUGCGUUAUUGUUAUUGUACACAUGGUACACUAUGCUGUAUCCAGUCCAGCAACCAGCUAUGUAUAUAGCUAUGAAGAGGACGCAUUGUUUCGCUUACACAUCAUACCUGCCGUCUGGUCGGAUGCCGCUUUGCGCUGUCAACUCGAAGGUGGCGUUUUGGCUUCGCCUACAACGCGCGUGAUGGCUCAAGCCAUGCUGAGCACGAUGGAAGCACACAAGCUGACCUCGAGCGUGUUCAUCGGAGCCACUGGCAUUCUUUCUAAGGGAUACUUCAAGUCUGUGGACGGAACGGACCUAGAUAAAACUUCUCUGGAAUGGGCUGCACAGGAGCCAAAUAAUGCCAACAACGAUGAAGACUGCUUGGCGAUGACCCAAGGAGGCAAUCUUGAGGAUGUCAGCUGUUCCAGCUUGCUACCUUACUUCUGUCGGAAGGAGAGUAUCAAAACAUGCAGAGUAGCGCAUGCCAAGGCUCUAUGUAAAAGCCAUGGUUACAAGUGGGAGCCUCAAAUCGGCAGCUGCUACAAAUUUCAUGGUGUCGCCAAAACCUGGCGCGACGCCCUGGCCACCUGUCAUUCCGAGGGGGCAUCUGGCCAUCAUCAACAGCGAGAAUGAGUCCAAACUGCUUGAGAAGAUCUAUAAAAAACACGAAUCUAAUAUUGUUGGAGCUGGAGAAAGUAGACAUGCUUUAGUUGGCUUCAGAAGAUGGGACGAUGGCGAGUGGGCGACUAUA